AUGAGCAGCUCUACCUCGCCUGGCUGGUGGAGGCCGAGGGAUCCUGUGCAGACUCCCAGCUGGCCACCGGGGUUGCAGCUGCCACACCUGCGGAGGAAGACUGACCGCCACAGACCGGACACCCGCUUCCUGCUCCACUCCAAUACAGCGGAGGAGAGUUGCCUGAUCGAGUUCAAGCAGCUGCCGACGCUGGAGAAAUGCAGCUUCAACGCCUCUCUCCCGCUGGUGAUGAUCGUCCACGGCUGGUCGGUGGACGGGAGGCUGGAAGGCUGGAUUUGGAAGCUGGCCGAGGCCCUGAAGUCUCAGCACCCGCAGACCAACGUGAUCAUCGCGGACUGGCUGACGCUCGCCUAUCGGCACUACCCCAUCGCGGUGCAGAAUACGCGGAAAGUUGGCCAGGAAAUUGCCCGGUUCCUGGAAUGGCUGGAGGACUCCGUCCGGUUCUCCAGAGGCAACGCUCACCUCAUCGGCUACAGCCUCGGGGCACACGUCUCCGGCUUCGCUGGCAGUUUCAUUGGGGGCGGGAAGAAGAUCGGCAGAAUCACAGGCCUCGAUCCGGCCGGCCCCCUCUUCGAAGGCAUGUCCCCGACAGACCGCCUGUCGCCGGAUGACGCAGACUUUGUGGACGCCAUCCACACCUUCACCCAGCAACACAUGGGCCUCAGCGUUGGCAUCAAGCAGCCAGUGGCUCAUUUCGACUUCUAUCCCAACGGGGGGACGUUUCAGCCCGGCUGCCAUAUCAUGCACGUCUACGACCACAUCGUCCAGUACGGAAUCAGGGGGCUCACGCAGACGGUGAAGUGUGCCCACGAGAGGUCGGUUCAUCUGUUCAUCGACUCCCUCCAACACAGCGAUAAGCAGAGCAUGGGCUACUGGUGCAAAGACAUGCAGACCUUCGACAAGGGCCAGUGCCUCAACUGCCAACACAGCCGAUGCAACACGCUGGGCUACGACAUCCGGAAGGAGAGGGUGCCCGGCAGCAGGCAGCUGUUCCUCAAGACACAGCCGAACACACCCUUCAAAGUUUACCACUACCAGUUCAAGAUCCAUUUCGUCAGUGAAUUCCAGGAGAAGCAGAUCGAUCCCACGUUCACCAUCUCUCUGACAGGCAGCCAAGAUGACAUUGAAAAUCUCUCCAUGACUCUCGUCGAAGGCAUCAGUGGAAAUAAAACCUACACCUUCCUUGUCCCCCUGGAUAUCGAUAUCGGAGAGCUGAUGAUGAUCAGGCUGAAGUGGGAAGGGAUCGCCGUCUGGGAAAACAUCUGGAACACCGUGCAGACCAUCCUCCCCUGGAAGAAGAGGAACCCCCCGCUGGGGCUGGUCGUCAAGGCCCUGAAGGUCAAGGCCGGAGAGACGCAGCAGAAGAUGACGUUCUGUUCUCAAAGCGCCGACAAUCUGCACCUCUAUCCGGGGCAGGAGAAAAUGUUUGUGAGAUGUGAAACCAGCUCCCGACGGCCGAGGACUCAGACGUGAGCGGGA